CCAUCUGAUUUCUAAAGAGGACUAGAGAAAAUAAAAACACGCACCGGCAGAACUCCAUGAGAGGAUCUAAAGCUGCUCUAAAUCUUGGUUCAUUUACCAAAUACAUGUGAGCAGCGGAGACAAGAAGAUGCUGAAGUUUCUAUCAAAGGUGCGGAUUGAGUUCAAUGGGCGAGACCCUCGUAUAGCCUCUUGUAUGGAAUUCUUAGCCCAAUGCAACGCCCGCAAGGCCAAGCAAUCGAACCCCGCUUGCCAGGUUUUGGUCAAGCGCCGAAUCGAUGAUCACCCUCCACAAAUCACCGUCACUUUUGUCAAUGGAGUCGAGGAGGUUUUUGACGGCGCUACUGUUUCUGCCCAGACGUUGAGGAACAUGAUUUUGGAGAAGGGUCAGCUCAUUGAGACUGAGCAAAUUUUCCGUCAAGCUGGACAUAAAUGGCCUGUUACUAUUCCGGAGGAAGAGCUUCACCAGCCUGGCCCUGUUACCAAGCUUGAAAGUGAUGGAGCAGCAACAGAGCAAACAAAUGAGAAGCAACGUCUCCGGCGAGGUCACUCCGAAGUUCAAAUUGGUAUUAGAAUUCUUGGAUGGACAAUGUGAAAUUUCUGUGAUGUUAGAUCAUACCUAGUAUGGAAGAAAAAAUAGUCCUUUUGUUUGACGAGAGAUUUCUUGUAACCGUCUUCUCAUUGGAGGUAUCUUGUGGGAGUGGUACUAUACCAAGAGGUGUGUUCACCUUCUGCUAUUACUUUGGGACCAGUACUGUCAGAUACUUACUCCUAUUUGCACUUACACAUGUUGGAUGUCUUGUCCUUGGUAUUCUUGUUCUCUUAGAUAGUUAUUGUUUUUGACAAGUGGUUUCUCUUGUUACUUUUGCUCAGAAUUUUUAUGCAUGAUGUUGUUAGUGCU